UCAAUUUCAAAGGCCACCAUUUCUGAUGAAGUUUCUGGAAUUGCCCUGGGUCGGUCUCAAUUAGAUGCUGAAGUAAUUAAUUAUGAAAUCUCAGGAGGUCUGGGUGCAAUUGAAUUUUGAAGACGUUAAAGAAGCGAAACUGAAGAGUCGAGCUCAAAAUCAACGUCAACCCCAAGCCAAACAUAAACAUGAAGAAUUUCAAGGAACAAAAGAACAAAAGAAUACUGGUUGUAUUUAAUCAAGACAAUUUUAGCACAUUAGUUAUAGUGAUAUAUAUGUAAUGAUACAAAUUUCAGAUCCUAUAGUUUAGAAAAUCAUGGAAUAUAAGGUUACUGGACCGUUGCCUUUGUUUCUCCUUGAUCUGUGCUCUUAGCUUGAUUACUGGUUUGCUUGAUUUCUGUAAUAAUGAUUUCAGCAUUCA